UACAGCACAGGAAUUCUCUCAGACUGCAGCUCACUGUGUUCCUGAGUUUCCCCUCGACCCGCACUAAAUAACUGACCGUGAUUGUGAAAGUAAUAUUGAGGUCAACAUGUCUACUGGAUCCAUAAGUGAUGUUGACGAUCUAAAUGAGGCAGAGCUGCUGGAUUGCGACCUCCUGAAAAUAGGGUCUGGCAAAGACUCUGGGACCUCAAACGAAAGCACAGAGGAGAGCUCAAAUUGUGACAGCGGCUCGCUUAAAAAGGUCAAAGGAGUUUCGGGAAAGAAGCGAAAAACUAGCACCAGGAAUAGCAGUUUGAAUGGAGUGUCACACGAAGGAAAGCAGGUCCAAAGGAAUGCUGCCAAUGCCAGGGAGAGAUCUAGGAUGCGAGUUUUGAGUAAAGCCUUUUCCAGGCUCAAGACAACUUUGCCAUGGGUACCAGCGGAUACCAAACUCUCAAAACUGGACACCCUGAGACUGGCAUCCAGCUAUAUUGCCCACCUGAGACAGGUCCUGGCCAACGACACAUACGAAAAUGGGUUCAUUCACCCUGUCAACCUAACAUGGCCUUUUAUGGUUGCUGGAAAGCCAGAGAACGAGUUGAAAGAAGUAAUGAAUACAAGUCGGUUAUGUGGAACUACGGCGUCGUGAGAAAGAUGAACUCACGAAAAUGAGAGCUUCUCUUUAAUAUCAAGAACACUUUAAUCAUAAGAGAAACAAGCUCACUCAAUCAAAUUAAUCAAAAAAGGACACAUUAUUUAAACUGCACAGGAUUGUUAUUGUGUAGGCCUUGCUGGUUCAAGUGCUGUCAAAUGUAUAGUUUAUUAAUUGUAUAUUUCGUUAAAUGCUUUAUAAAAUGUUUUUUUUUUUUCUUAUCGUUACAUGCUAUUAUAGAUGACGUUGACAGUCAUUCGUUGUAUAAUGCAUACACUUCAAAUAUAUUUUCU